UGAAGCGUGUUGACAUGAUCUGCUCGCUGCGCGACCGGCACGAGUUUUGAUGCCGUGUUCUUGUCAAACAGAGAGAGGCUCAAUUACUUUCCAGGUGUUCAAGGGUUGCGUCGUCGUACGCUCCCCGUUGGACUCGGGAGUCUUGUUCUUCAAAAAGCUACCUUUGUUCGUUCUCUGACGGCACGGCGAUGGAAGUCGGCUCCGAAAAGCAGCCGCUGCCGUCGACUUCCAGCGCCGAAUGUGGCGCGAACGACUCGAACAACGACGAUUCUUCGUCGCAGGCAGCGUCCGAAGCGAUGGAACCACUGUGGCUGUCGGACAUGGGCGUAGCUGGAACCCAAGAGAUCGAGGACCCCGAUGAAAUCGGCGAGUUCUUUUUCGAAUCGGACCACUUGGCUCUGCGAGGCAGUGUGGACUAUCGGAACACGCUCAAGACGCUUGCAGUGCUCGAAGCGCAGAGGGUGCAGGUCAUACAGGACAUCGAGAAACUAAUUGAAGUCCGCGAAGACGCCCUGGCCGAUCCAAUCAGAUUCGUCGAAAGGCUCCAAAAGAAGGAGGACCUCGGCAUUCCUCUUCCUCAACUGGUCGCUCCGCUGCCGAACAUUGAUUGGAGCCAGUACAGCCUCACGGGCAUCCAACGAGGCAUCGAGAAAAAACGUCAGCUCACGAGGCACGCGGCCAAGGCCGAGCAGAGAAAUGCGCAGUCGUCCAAUAGCCAAGGGCAAGGCGGAAGCAUCCUCAUCCGGGGACGCGUCUUCAACGAGAGCAAGCCUGCGACGUUCAACCAGCUGUGGACCGCAGAAGAGCAGAAGCAGCUCGAGGACCUGCUCAUCAAGUUUCCGCCAGAGGAAGUGGAGAGUCGGCGGUGGGAGAAGAUCGCGAACGCCCUGGGAAAUCGCACGCCGACUCAGGUGGCCAGUCGGGUCCAGAAGUACUUCAUCAAGCUGGCCAAGGCAGGCUUGCCAGUUCCCGGCAAGUUACGGACCGUCAUUCCGCCACGCAAGACAGGUUCCCGAAGGGGCCACCACCGUCACGGCCCUCAGGGAUCAUCGAGUUACAUGUUCUCGCACUCCACGUUCUUUGCGUCACGCAGACCCCCGGUGUUCAUGUCCGAAGCGGACGACGAGUCCAGCGUUUCAUCGUGGAGUUACUUGGAAACAACGAACGGAAGCCAGGACAAGUCAGAAGCAGCACGUGUAGAGAACGAUGAUGAGGAUGAUGUUCAGGUCGAUGCGGCCGUGAAAGAAUCUCCGGAGUACCAGGAACUCGUAGCUCUGCAGAAGGCCCGGGAAGAGCGGGUGAAACGGACAGGACUCGCACAGCACGUGGGUUUCCGAUGCGACAGGUGCGAAUGCGAGCCUAUUGUGGGAACCCGUUGGCACUGCACCGACUGCCCCGCAAAUGCCUCGAUCGACUUUUGCAGCGACUGCGUUGAUUGCAUGCACGAGACGGUGACUCACAAAGAGGACCAUCACUUAGAGGCCAUUCGUGUCGCACAGGACAGCUCAACAUUCCACGACCGGGACUACAUGAGCUUUACGGGUGCGGAUUACAACUAUCUGGACCCCAAUUACUUACCUGGCUCCAGCUGACAGCUUUGUGCAACACUUAUCAUCUCCACAGUGUGCAUCGCAGAGCAUAUGCAAAGAUUUCACAUAUGUGUGUUUCACAUACUAUAGGCUACAAGUUGUGCAGUUGAAUAGGUAGCAUUUAUUUCUUCAUGUUCCCAAGGGUGUUGAUUCGAACUAGGCGCUGCCACACCAUUCUCCUCCUUGCAGUGGUACGUGCAGACCACCACAAUUAACUUCAGUGAUUGCAAAGUGUUUAGUAGGUAACUGCUGUAACUUCAGGUGACUCAGAGUUGAUGAGCUGCUGCUUGGACGUAAUGACUACAAAAAUAUUUUAAAGCGAAAGAUAGCAGCCAUAUAUGCUAAAGGGUAUGCCUAAAGCAGCAGCGUCUCUAAACCAUGCUACAAUGGCGCGUAGGCCUACGCCUAUGGUAGCAGUAUCCAGAGAGUCAAUAAAACUGCUACUGAUUUUGA